AAAAAAUUGCUGAAAUCAUGAGACUACUUGAGACACAGACCUCAUGUGAGUCAUAUGAACACUGGCACAAUAAGCUUCUAGCAACAGAGGAGCAGAGAGUCGGAAGAAAGAGAUCAAGAUAAUAUUUUUGUACUGAACUCAGGAGAACAUGGGGGAAGUGCUGUGUGUAAAUGCUCUGAAACCUGGAUCAUGCUGUUGCUGUUCAGACAGAAAGAACUCUCAGACCAGCCAGAGUACCCAGUCCGUGGAAGUGGAGUCUAUGCUGAAGUUACCAGAUCUGAAGAGAGUGCCACAUCCCAUGGAUUCGCUCCAAUCACAGUGGUUCCAAACACUCCCGGUACAAAGGUCUGGGAGAAAGAGACCACGGAGUAACAGCGAUCCUUCACAGGAGAUGGAUUUCGAGAAGAGAUUCCAGUGGAGACAGGGCCUCCCAUUUGGAACAGCCUCAUCCUAUCUCUAUUUAGAGAAGCUGUGCGAAGGCUCUUACUCUACAGUUUACAAGGGGAUUAGCAGAAUAAAUGGCCAGUUGGUGGCUUUGAAAGUUAUCAGUCUGGAGACAGAGGAAGGAAUGCCUUUUACUGCCAUCCGGGAAGCUUCUCUUCUCAAGAGUCUGAAACAUGCCAAUGUUGUGCUUCUGCAUGACAUUAUCCAGGCAAAGGACACGCUGACAUUUGUCUUCGAGUACAUGCACACAGAUCUGGCCCAGUACAUGGUCCAGCACCCUGGAGGACUUCAUGCUCACAACGUCAUGUUGUUCAUGUUCCAACUUUUGCGAGGCCUGGCUUACAUCCACCAACAACACAUUCUUCAUCGUGAUCUGAAGCCCCAGAACUUGCUCAUCAGUUGCCUGGGCGAGCUCAAAUUAGCUGAUUUUGGUCUUGCGCGUGCCAAGUCCAUCCCCAGUCAGACGUACUCCUCUGAGGUGGUGACGCUCUGGUACCGUCCUCCUGAUGUGCUGCUUGGAGCCACGGAUUAUUCUUCUGAUUUGGACAUCUGGGCUGCAGGCUGUAUAUUGGUUGAGAUGCUCCAGGGUCAGCCCAUGUUCCCAGCAGCUGCUGGGACUCUGGAACAGCUGGGGAAGAUCUGGGCGGUGUUGGGGGUUCCAUCUGAGGAUACUUGGCCAGGAAUUUCCAAGCUUCCCAACUAUAAACCAGAGAGGGUCGUCUCCAGGAGACCUCAGAGGCUCCAAAUGAUCUAUUCCAGGCUGGGCAGGGUGCCAGGCGCUGAAGACCUGGCAUCGAAAAUGUUAAAAGCUUUUCCUCGAGCACGGGUCUCUGCACAGGACACACUUCUUCAUAGCUUCUUCAGGGCUCUGCCGUCUCGCCUGUCUCAGCUUCAUGACGCACAGUCACUGUUUGCAGUUCCUGGAGUGAGGCUAGAGCCAGAAAUCUGUGACCUAUUUGCACCUUACCAGAAGGGUCACCGCCAAGCCAGUUCAAGCAAGUUUUGGUGAAAACCAAGAGGGUUCAACAGCCUUUUAGAAAGCAACGUCAGGAAGAUGGACUUGGCAACCAAGAUGUAACAGCACAAUCUAGAGAUUAGACCUUCCGAAUAAGCCCAGACAUUUGUCACUUAAUAGAGAGAUCCCUGGACCAGAAGACUGACAAACCAAUAGGACAAAUAUGAGCUGACAACUGAAAGACAGUAGGGACCAAUCUAUGGCUUACAGAGAUCUUGUCAGGCCUGGGGUUUGCCUACAAUCUCCUCCAACAAAAGAGCUCCUGAGGGAAGGAGGGGAUUAGUGGAAAGCUCAGUGAAGUUUCCAGGGAAGAUGGUUUCUUGGAUAAAGUCAUCAACAGAAGGAAUUGUUUGAGACUAUUUGUUAUAAUUUCUAAGGGGGAGCUUCUGCCAUUGCUAACAGGAUUAUCACUACACCGAUUCCACACCAGCAGGGCAUUAGAAAUGUGCCUCGUGGGCGGGCUAUUUAGAGCCUAACCCAGAGGUCUUGUAAGGCUGUAUCCAAAAGAGAUCCAGGUGUUUAUGGCGGCAAGCUCAGUGAGGACUUAAGAUGGUGAAAAAAGAUGGUUUAUGGUAAAAUUGUUGCACCAUGAGUCACAACCCUGUGUGAAUCUCCUGGAUCUCUAGACGGCUGACAGACUAUGAACACAAAAGGUGCUCUCUGGUGUUUCCUGAAGGGAGAAGGUUGGUGGGAGCAGCUCACUCCUACCGCAUUUCUUACAGAGAUUCUUCCCGGAAGGAAUUCCUAACAGUGCUCUGUUUCAUCCAAUCAUCCAUCACAACCUUGCACAUCUCCUAGUAUUUGGGGAAGUCCAGAAUCUGUAAGCUUCAGGAGUAAAGCUGGGAGGGAAAGAUUCUAAAUGUCAGAUCAUGCAAAUCCUAUGGCUGUGUCUAGACUGGCCAGUU